AUGGGAUACAGUGACCCCUCGUCAAGCAGGGACUUGCUGGGGAACAGAACUUUGUUCUUCAUCUUCAUCUGCGCUUUUGCUGUGGUCACUUUGCUGCAGCAGAUCCUGUAUGGGAGAAACUAUCUCAAGAGAGGGCUGCAGUUUAGCUGGCAGAGUGGAGAGGAAUUGGCAAAUUGGACCGGGACCUUUAAUUUCACGGAUGAUGGAGCAGUGAAGAGUGGCAGUGACACAGGCACCAGGUACUUUGAGUUUUAUGAAGGACCUUUUGAAUACAACUCCACCAAAUGCCUGGAAUUAAGACAGGAUAUCAUUGAGGUGAAAGUGCUCUCUAUGGUGAAGCAAACUGAAUUGUUUGACAGGUGGAAGAGCCUACAGAUGUGCAAAUGGGAGAUGAAUGUCACAGAAGCCAACCUAUUCAAGUCAACGUUGUCAAGAUGUUGCAAUGCCCCUGCCUUUCUGUUCACCACACAGAAAAAUACUCCCCUGGGAACUAAAUUGAAAUAUGAAGUAGAUACUAGUGGAAUCUUCCAUAUCAAUCAAGAAAUCUUCAGAAUGUUUCCAAAGGAUAUGCCGUACUAUCGCUCCCAAUUUAAGAAAUGUGCUGUGGUUGGGAAUGGAGGGAUUCUCAAGAACAGCAGAUGUGGACGGGAGAUUGACAGUGCAGAUUUCGUAUUUCGAUGCAAUUUACCUCCUAUAUCUGAGAAAUAUGUCGUGGACGUUGGUGUAAAGACAGACAUUGUGACAGUCAAUCCCAGCAUUAUUACUGAAAGAUUCCAUAAGCUGGAGAAAUGGAGGAAACCUUUCUAUGAUGUGCUACAGGUUUAUGAAAAUGCAUCGGUGCUGCUGCCUGCUUUCUACAACACCCGCAACACGGAUGUCUCUAUCCGGGUCAAAUACGUCCUGGAUGAUUUUGAAUCUCAGCAAGCUGUCUACUAUUUCCACCCUCAGUAUCUCAUCAACGUCUCGCGCUACUGGCUCGGUCAAGGGGUGCGUGCCAAGCGGAUUAGCACGGGAUUGAUUCUGGUGACUGCUGCCCUGGAACUCUGUGAAGAGGUCCACCUUUUUGGCUUUUGGGCGUUCCCCAUGAACCCCUCAGGGAUUUUUAUAACUCACCAUUACUACGACAAUGUCAAACCUCGCCCUGGCUUCCACGCAAUGCCCUCAGAAAUCUUCAACUUCCUCCACAUGCACAGCAAGGGGAUCCUGCAUGUUCAUACCGGGACUUGCAGCUGCUGUUGA